CCACUGCCAGAUGUGUGCACAGGCGGAGGCCAGCAGCUGCUCAGGCUCCUGGGAGGAUUGGCGGUCGGCAGGGGUGGGGUGAGACUUGGGCCUGGAGCAGUCGGCACAUCUGGAGGCAGAAUGUCAGACAAAGGCAGCAAAGGUUUGGCAAAGGAUCCAGGGUCGGAGCCGACACCGGGGAGCAUCCUUGGAGGAACCGUCUGUCUCUGACCUGUGCUGGCCUGGCUACAGAGGUUGGACCCCUUCACGGACACACUGCAGCGGCUGCGGGAGGCCUUCGGCUCGGGGCGGACGCGGCCGGCCGAGUUCCGGGCUGCCCAGCUGAGGGGCCUGGGCCGCUUCCUGCGAGAGAACAAGCAGCUUCUGCAGGGGGCGCUGGCGCAGGACCUGCACAAGUCGGCCUUUGAGGGAGACGUAUCGGAGAUUAUCAUCUGCCAGAACGAGGUGGACCUGGCCCUCAAGAACCUGCACGCCUGGAUGAAGGAUGAGUCAGUGGCCAAGAACCUGUUCACGCAGCUGGACUCUGCCUUCAUCCGGAAGGAGCCCUUCGGCCUGGUGCUCAUCGUCGCCCCUUGGAACUACCCUGUGAACCUGACCCUGGUGCCCCUGGUGGGCGCCCUUGCCGCAGGGAACUGCGUGGUGCUGAAGCCGUCAGAAAUCAGCAAGGGCACGGAGAAGGUCCUGGCUGAGGUGCUGCCCCGAUACCUGGACCAGAGCUGCUUUGCCGUGGUGCUGGGCGGGCCUGAGGAGACGGGGCAGCUGCUGAAGCACAAGUUCGACUAUAUCCUCUUCACAGGGAGCCCUCGAGUUGGCAAGAUCAUCACGGCUGCCGCCACCAAGCACCUGACGCCCGUCACGCUGGAGCUGGGGGGCAAGAACCCCUGCUAUGUGGACGAUGACUGCGACCCCCAGACCGUGGCCAACCGCGUGGCCUGGUUCCGCUAUUUCAACACUGGCCAGACCUGCGUAGCCCCCGACUACGUCCUGUGCAGCCCCGAAAUGCAGGCGCGGCUGCUGCCCGCCCUGCAGAGCGCCAUCACCCGUUUCUAUGGCGAAGACCCCCAGAGCUCCCCGGAUCUGGGCCGCAUCAUCAACCACAAACAUUUCCAGCGGCUCCGGGACCUGCUGAGCUGCGGCCGCGUGGCCAUCGGUGGCCAGAGUGAUGAGAGCGAGCGCUACAUCGCCCCCACGGUGCUGGUGGACGUGCAGGAGACAGAGCCGGUGAUGCAGGAGGAGAUCUUUGGGCCCAUCCUGCCCAUCAUGAACGUGAGGGGCCUGGACGAGGCCAUCGACUUCAUCAACCGUCGGGAGAAGCCCCUGGCCCUGUACGCCUUCUCCAACAGCAACCAGGUGGUGAACCGGAUGCUGGAUCGGACCAGCAGCGGCAGCUUUGGAGGCAACGAGGGCUUCAUGUACAUGACCCUGUCGUCCAUGCCACUGGGGGGAGUCGGCAACAGUGGGAUGGGAAGAUACCACGGCAAGUUCUCCUUCGACACCUUCUCCCACCACCGUGCCUGCCUGCUCUCCUGCUCGGGCCUGGAGAAGCUCAACGCAAUCCGCUACCCUCCCUAUUCUGAAUGGAAACAGCAGCUGAUCAGCUGGGCCUUGGGCAAGCAGAGCUGCACCCUUCUGUGAGCACCCUGCCCACCGCCAGUGCUGCAUCCCCACCCCUCCAUCCCUGAAAAGUGGGCGUCGGGUCCAGGAGCACAAAGAUCCUCCUUCUGGGGUUUUUUCUGAACAGACCUCCGGCUGGGCAGGACCUCUGGGCCACUGGUCCAGCCCCUUUCAGGGCCAAAGACCCCCCUGCGGCCUCCUGACAGAUUUGUUGAUCCUCUGCUUGGACAUAUCCGGUGACGGAGAACUCAUCCCCAAGACUGAGCAUCCCUGGUGGUUAGAAAAGACUCCCUUGUGUCUGAUUGACAAAUAGGCUCCCAAAACAGAGUGAUUUCUAACAUCUUAGUCACAACUGGUUUGGGGAGCUGGGUUUGUCUGACCUGAAGUGAUCCAAUCUUGAACUCAGAUCUGGUCAUUUGGUGGUGUCUCCCCGAAUGAAGUGUGCUAUUUACAAGGACUCUGAUGAGGUUUUGUGGAAACAAGAGGAAGGUGUUCAAUAGUUGAUUAGUGAUGUCUGCUAUGGGCAGAUGAGGGGGUUAUUCACAUGCUGGCCACGUCUAUCUUUCCUGCUGUAGAUUCCCAGGAGGUCAGGGCAGGCAGAAAUAAAAUCUGGUCACUUCAUCUGACACAUGGGAAAGCUGAGGGUCUAGAGCCAGGACGGGCUGAACUGAGUUUAUACAGUAAAGCAGAGCACAGCUGAGUGAUGGUGGACUUCCCUGAGAAAUAUGGGGGUAGGGGAUGAGUAAACAGCCCAUCUGGUCCAUUAUGACCAGCCUCUUGAUCUUCCCCUAGUCCUCGCCCUGGGAGCCCACUUCCAAUCCAUCCAGUCUUGCUUCAGUGGGCUCUUCACCCCUCAGAACUGUGGGAAAGCUGAGCUAGUACCAAGAGGACAUAGGAUCCUCCUGCUCCCCUGGGAAUUGUUGGGAUUGGUUGAUUCCAAAAGGCACAGGAUGGACUCAAAGGAGGUGUUUAACAGGGGCUUGUUGAUGAGUGAAGGAAAGAAUGAAUAAGGGAGCAAGAGGAUGGAUGGAAGGAAGGAAGGAUGGGUGGGUGGAUGGAUGAAGGAUGCAUGGAUGGAUAGAUGGAAGAGUGAGUGGGUGAGUAGAUGGUGAACGAUGAAGGGAGGUUGGAUGGAUGAAUGGGUGGGUUGAUGGAUGGAUAAGACAAUGAGUGGGUAGAAGGGCAGGUGAGUGGCUAGGUGAUAGGGUGAGAGAUGAUGGAUAGCUGGUGAGGUGGAUGAGUGAACAGAUGGAUGGGUAGGUGGUCCAGAGAGAAGCCGAGUGACCAAUGAGCCUGGGUCUAAGAGAUCACCUUUCUCCCCACCCUGACCUUGGGAAGUUGUUUCCUUAAAAUAGCCUUUGGACUAAAAAGAGAAAGCCAGAGGAACGGAGAAGAAUCAGAGGGUCUCCUGGCCAUAGUCUGGGCAAUGGGUCCAGUGAACAAAGAAUAGAAGACAGAGCUUAUUAAACAUUCUUUGGGCGUUUCUUCUUCGGGCCCUCACCUCA